AUGGAUCAGAAGCAUAAAAGUAUCGAAGUUGGCGAGGAAAACGUGAAAAUGGAGAAAAGGGAGGAUAAAGUGAUGGGGGAGGAAUCGUUUUUCGCAUUUGGAAAGGGCGAUGAGCGGAUUAAUGAGGCGCUUAAGGAGUUAAUGCGGGUGGAAGACAGGAAAAAGCACAAGGCGUCGGUUCUUGAGGCUCUCCGAAUUGCGAAUGCUUGCCUAGGAUCGGACUGCGAUAUGCAGUUGUUGCUCAAUGAUGCUGGGAUGAAAUUCUGUCUUAUCUAUCUGGCGCCUAUGCUGAUCGACGAGGACGAAGUGGUGUCGGAAAAUGCCGUGAAUAUCUUGCUGAAGCUCCUGCCUUUUAUUACCAGAGAAAAUGUCACUCCUGUGCUGAUGUUGGCAUCGAAGUCCACGUCGAAGAAGAUCGCGUCAGGCUUGAUCGCAAUGCGAGACCGUGAGAUUUCCAGAUGGCAUGAGAUUUGGUGUGUUUGGCUGAAGUUGCUGAUGAAGUUCACUCAUCCGAGAGAUCUGUCAUCGGUCAACGGCAUCCUGAAGGUUGUGGAGGGAGGCUUUAAGCACACAAAUAUCGACAUCAGAGCAGAGUCUUUUGUUUGCUGGAAGACCUUCCUGGAGAUCUUGGUGGCGGAGAAUGAGUUGACAGAGAACAGGAUAGGAAAUAUGGCGAUCCCGUUGUACUACACCACGAAUUUCAACAGCCGCUUUGCAGAGGCGAAAUUCUCGACUUGGUGGUUCUUGCUGUGCAACUCGAAAGGCUUGAUUGACAGCAAGAGCACCAUUGUUGUGACUCCCUUCCUGCAGUUCUGCUUUGAACCGUACACGACCGGAAUGGAGGGUCGCAAUGUGACAGAUCUUGUGACACUGUCGCCUGGCAAGCAGGUGAAAAGCUUGCGGGAAAAGGUCAUCUGUGCCCUCGUGUACCUCUUGGGCUCAGCAACAGAAGCCACAAAGGCGCUCCACAAUAGAUGUGCCCUCGAAUGCAGCGAGGAGAGGAUAAUCAACUUCGCCAUCUACUCGGAAAUUGAGACUGAAGUGAUCCUGAGUUGCCAGGAAGCGACACUGAUGCUGAUAGAGCUGACAGGAGUCGACACGAUUGGAAUCUCACAAAAUAUCUGGGAUAAUCUCUCAGACUUCCUCAACAGAUACAACGAGGACGUAGGGUGUCUGAAGACGAUUCUCGACGUCCUAGAAGUGCUAAGGAUUCAAUGUGAGAAGGAUCCGAGGGCGAUUCCUCACUUUCAGAUUGUCAUGAAGAUUCUGUUGGGCUUGGAAAAAGGAAAGAAAAGCUACCAGAAUGAGAAAAUGAUGAAAAUGUUGGAGAUCAGCCAACAAAUCAUCAAUCUGCUUCUCAAUACCACGCCGGAGAUCAUAACAAGCGAUAAAGCGGAAAAAAUAUCGGUAUUCAUGUUGAAAUUUCUUCAGAAAUCAUGCAUUUAUGACGCGAUAAUGGGCAUUAUGAAGGAGUUAAUGGGAAAAAUUGAUGUGAGUAGCAUCAAUAAUCACGCAUCCCUUAAAAUAGUGCUGCGAGAUUACGUGGCUCUCGUAAAAAAGUAUGCCCGUGGUUCGACAGGAACAAAGAAGAAGACAACAAUCUUAAAGACUGCGUGUGAGCAUCUGCUCAAAUGGUGUGUACACAAUUAUGAGUUGUACAAGAACACUGACCAAUUUAUUGAGCAUUGGAAGCUUUUAUGUGCAGAGAUGGAACCGUUGGGAAUGGAUAAACUUCACAGUGUCUUCUCAAAGAAUUUUGAUCCGCCGCCAGAAGGGUUCAGGCCAAUUUUCAUGUCUUUCUUCCCUAGUUCGAUUAGAGGAGAUAAAGAUAUGUCAAUGGAGAAAGACGGAGAUGACUCUUUCGUGGAGAUUCCGUCCAAGAGUGUGCCAAUGGUGACAUUCAAGACCAACUUGCUGACGGAGACGCAGAAGGAGAAAUUGAGGACGCGGGCUGAUGACAUUCCGGCUCUCUAUAAUGAUUUGACGCAAUCAUUGGACACGAUGCCAGUGUCUGAGACGUCUCAGUCGAAGCAGGAUGAUUCCAGUUCCUCAAUUGAGCGCGCACAGAAGAGAAAGAUGAGGGAGCUUGACCGACUGAAGACGGACACUGUUGAGGGACAGAAUGUGAUUGUCGGCGAGAGAUCAACGCGUAGAAAGAGCAGUAAUAAUCCAGAGCAAAAUUCAAAACCUGCAGAGGAGCCGAAGAUGAAGCGUCGUUCGAGCACUUCGAAUGCAUCGGACACGAAGCCUCCUGAUGAUGUGCAAAAGAAGAAGUUGAGAAGGAAUUCCAUGUGUCAAGAGAAGCCAAGAGUGACGGAGAAGAGGCGUGACUCGCUUAAUACAUCACAAUCUCUGCUGAAGAAGCGAAAACCAUCGACAGAUCACAAUUAUCACAUUCUGCUGGAAAACAAUGCAUCGCUGGAGAAAAAGAGCGAGUCUUCACCGCAAACACCGAAGAAGAAGGAUACAUUGAACUAUCAGCUGAUGAAGGAUAUGAUGAAAAAUGUCAGGGAUGAGUUCAAAGGAUACUCACAAGGUGGGGAAGACAUUUCAAAAGGUCAGAGCCUUCAGAGCAACGAGGAUGUGACGCACAUUCCAAACCGUGGCGAAACAACACCCAAAAAGAUCUCUCCGACGCUGAAAGUCAGGGCAUUUGCUCACGAGAGACGUAUGAGCACGACUGAGACACAAGAUCUCUUCCCAGAAACGCCAGAACCACCCAAGGAGCAGAAAUCUCCAGAAAAAUCUCCGAAGAAAUCUUCAACUGAGCCGAUUGAGACAGUGACUGAUGACACUUUAGUGCAGACACAGGAAGAAAAUCUUAGUGAGACGCCAAAUGCACUGCCCGAAUCGCUGGAUGUUGAGUGUGUUUCUCAGCCUUGUGAGGCAACGCUGAAUUCUGAGAGAAGCCCACCGAAUCCUCUGACAAAAAUCCUGAUCAGAGUGCAGUCAAACAAGCGAUCACACAAGUCGGGUUUCGUGGAUAAGCCCGUGUACAGGAUCAAGGAAACCCAUCAGCCAGAUUUGGCCACAACUGCAAUGGUGCACAGCUCUCCAAAAUUCACAUCAAGAGCGGCUCAGAUGCUCUCCAUGACUUCAUCAUCGCCCAGUUCGUCGAAGCAACAAGAGGCGGUGGUGCAAAACACGCCUGUGAAGGGAAAUGAAGUGCUCUUCCGCUUCUCAUCGCCUUGUCCGCCGGCCAAUGCGACUCCGAAGCUCAGCAUCCUCAAGAGAAAGCGAGAGAUGAACUUGAAUGAGUCCGUGGAGAAGCUGGCUAAACCGACAAAGAAGAGGCGAAUCAGCUUCCACGAUCCGCCAGUGACGAAGACGAAAGAAUACAUCUUGGACGACUUCGAGAGGGCGAGCAAGAAGCAGAACGACAAGGCGGUCGACAAUGAGCAGAGGAGGAAUUUGCUGAAAGAUUCACCGCCGAAGUGUGCGGAGAAUGGUGAGAAUGACAGUGAUUGGGAAGAUCUGGAGGAUGUGACUGAGGAGAUUGAGCACCCGGUGGUGUUCAAGAGGUCUAUGCGCUUGAAGGAGCGCCGAAAGACGGUUUCUAAGAGUCGCAAGGUGCAGAGGAGUGCUGAAAAGCCGCCGAGUGAGAUGAAUGGUCAUGCAGUGACGCCGGUUGUGAGUACAGAAGUGGAGCUGAAGAAGGUCUUCAACACAGACGAUGAGGUGAUGAAAUAUGUUUGGGAGCACUUGGAGAACAGGAUCAUCGAUGAGGUUGAGACGAGAAGUGAGGCGGUGAAAAGUAAGCUUUUCACCAAACUUCUCAGCGAUAAGACGAUGAUAGAGAAGAUGGGAUCGAUAAAGUUGAUGGAUUUUGCUCAGAUCUUUGCAAAUACUAUGAAGAAUUGUACGUAA